AUGCCCGUCAGAUGGUGUUCUAGUGAACCAAUUUUCAAAGUUCGUAAAACAAUUCUGUGGGACGAGUCAUUUGAACAACAAACAGAGACUGAACCAGGAACAUCCUCAGCCAUUCAAGAAGAUAAAUCAGAAGAUUUGGUUGGUUUAUACAACACUGAGCCGAAAACUCUUGCUCAAGCAACUAUUUUAAAUCAGUUACGCAUUAAAAAGAUAAAAGAGACGUUGCAGCAGUUUGAUGAGCUUGAGCAGCAUGAAAACAUUUUCAAGAAAUUCAGUGAAAAAUGGAAUUUAAAGCUGGAACUUAGGAAAGCACGAGCAGCACGUCCUCAAGAUCAAGUUACAUAUACGAAAGAAAUACUAGCAAACUUGAACCAUUCUGCUGCUCAGUUGUAUUUUGAUUGCGCUAAUCGAUUUCCAUAUCUGAAGCUUUGCACUGCGCUUUGUUUACCGGAUUAUCUUUCGACAUGGUACAAGCUCACUCUGAUGCACACCUGGAUGUUGCUUGUUCGUUUGCAAUCUGUGUUAGAAGCUGCAGCUUACAUCAGACUUAGGAACAGUGUUAUCGAAAUUAUGUUUGGUGACAUUGAUAAACGUCUAAGAGUCGUCUCGGAAGAAUUGCACGAAAUGUUGUACCAUAAAAAUGACAAACGUCGUAUGUCCGGUUUGUACGUGCAAACAUUCCUCGAAUAUGAUGAAGGAUUUCUGUCCGAUGAUACUGCAUUGGCUGGUGCCUUAUGGCGCAAUCUCUAUAUGCAACGAUCCGUAGAUCCAAUUCAUUUAAAUCGAGCAGUUUAUUAUGUGCGCGGAACGAUGGCGUAUUUGGAUAGCCUCAGCCUGGAAGAAAUUCUUCUACAAGGCAUCAAGAAUUGGAAAACCGCACGUCCUGAUGAAAAAUCCGAUGAUAAAAACGCUUUUAAAAUGGCUGAGAAUGUAGCUCAUUGUUUGUUGAUGCAAAAAUAUAAGCAUGCUUGA